CCCGCGUGUACCGAGUUGCCUGUCAAAGUCUCAAAGAGCCCAAUUCCCGGAAGCUGUGAGUUCUGAGGAAAGUUUUAGUCCCUGAGUGUGCGAAUCCCCAACGAUGAGCGCCCCGGGCGUACAGUCCUUUACCCAGCAGGGUUGGGAGCAGGUGCUGGCCAAAGUGAAACGGGCCCUGGUCUACCUGGACGCCGCCUGCGCCGAGAGCCUGCACUGGGGCUGCGGAACCACCCGGCUCCUGGAGGCGGUGGGGGGUCCUGCGUGCCACCUGCGGGAGUUCGAGCCCGAAGCAGUGGGCGGCGGAGCUAAACAGCCCAAGGCGGUGUUUGUGCUGAGCGGCCUCCUGAAAGGCCGAACCGUGGAGACUCUACGGAACAUCAUCUGCCGCAGUCACUUCCAGUAUUGUGUGGUGGUCACUGCCGUGGACCACGCGGUGCACCUCACGGCUAAUCACGUGCCCGCGGCCGCAGCGGCUGAGCUGGAGGGGCAGCAGCCAGUAUUCGAGCAACUGGAGGAGAAGCUGUGCGAGUGGAUGGGCAACAUGAACUACACCGCCCAGGUGCUGCACAUCCCGCUGUUGCUAGCCCCUGCUGCUCCCUGCCUUGCCUUGACUCCGGCCUUUGCUUCCCUUUUCCCACUGCUACCUCAGGAUGUGCAUCUUCUUAAUAGUGCCCGACCGGACAAGAGGAGGCUGGGGAGCCUGGGUGAGGUGGACGCCACUGCCCUGCCCCCUGAGCUGCUAUUGCAGAUCAGGUGCCUAGUGUCGGGCCUCAGUUCUCUGUGCGAGCAUUUAGGAGUGCGGGAGGAAUGUUUUGCUGUAGGCUCCUUCAGUCGGAUCAUAGCUGCAGAUCUGGCCAAUUAUGCUCCUGCCAAGAACAGGAGGAAGACUUCUACGGGCAGGGCCUCCGUGGUCUUUGUGGACAGAACCCUGGAUCUCACAGGAGCCGUUGGACAUCAUGGAGACAACUUGGUAGAGAAGAUCAUUUCAGUGCUUCCCCAGCUCCCCGGCCACACCAAUGAUGUGAUGGUUAACAUGGUAGAACUCACUGCACUUCAGAAUGAAGAGGAGAAUCAGAAUAUGGUUGCACCAGGCUGUCUUGCACAAUCCAAGAAUCUUGAUACUGCAGCCAAAGCCCUGUGGGAAGCCUUACUGAACACCAAGCACAAAGAGGCAGUGAUGGAAGUCCGGAGACAUCUAGUGGAAGCAGCAAGCAGAGAAAACCUGCCAAUCAAGAUGAGUAUGGGGAGAGUCACUCCGGCGCAGCUCACGUCCUAUAUUCAGCUCUUCAAGAACAACCUCAAAGCUCUAGUGAGUCACUGUGGACUCCUGCAGCUUGGGCUGGCCACGGUUCAAACUCUGAAGCACCCGCAGACUGCCAAGUGGGACAACUUUCUGGCUUUUGAAAGGCUCCUUCUCCAGAGCAUCGGGGAGUCGACGAUGCCUGUUGUGUUAAAUCAGCUGCUGCCCAUGAUUAAGCCUUCGAAUCAAAGGACCAACGAUGACUACAGCCCCGAAGAGCUGUUGGUCCUCUUCAUAUACAUUUAUUCUGUCACUGGAGAGUUCACAGAGGACAAAGACCUGGCUGAAACAGAAGGAAAAGUGAAGAAAGCACUGGCUCAAGUCUUAUGUGAGGAGUCUGAGUUGUCCCCUUUGCUGCAAAAAAUCACAGGCUGCGACUCUUCAGGUAACCUGACAUUUCACCAAGCCAAAACUGUCGUGGAUGCCCUCUUCACGUCGCUCCGGGAUAUUGCCGGGGCUCGGAGUCUCAUGAAGCAGUUCAAGUCUGUAUAUGUUCCUGGAAACCAUACCCACCAGGCAUCCUACAAGCCGUUGCUGAAGCAGGUUGUGGAGGAAAUAUUUGAUCCCGAAAGGCCAGAUCCUGUUGAUAUUGAGCACAUGUCGUCAGGCCUCACCGACCUCCUGAAGACUGGAUUUAGCAUGUUCAUGAAGGUGAGCCGGCCUCAUCCCAGCGACCACCCUCUCCUGAUCCUCUUCGUGGUGGGUGGCGUCACAGUCUCUGAAGCCAAAAUGAUCAAAGACCUUGUGCCGACCCUGAAGCCAGGAACCCAGGUGAUUGUGCUGUCCACGCGCCUCCUGAAGCCACUCACCAUGCCUGAGCUGCUAUUUGCCACUGACCGGCUGCACCCAGACCUUGGCCUCUGAGCAUCUCCUGAGAGGAUGCGACCUCCCGAGAUGGAAAUACCAGUCCAUCAGCUGCCGCCGUUCCAGAUAAGCCCCCAAAGCCGGUGUCCCUGGUACCAGGGGUCCAUAUGGCUGAAUUCUGUCCAAAGGUCUUGAGAACCCCCCAGUGAAGUCGUUUGCUUGGAUUCCUGUGAUUCUCUUUUUAAAAAAUUAUUUUCAUUCUUC